AUGCAAGAGCGACCUUUCGACGAGAUCGCGCUAUACGACCUGGUCCAUGUCCCAGGCAUCGCCACAGACCUCAUCCACAUCGACACCAAAGCCGAAGUGACAGGCCAUCUCCCCGCCGACUCGGGGCUAGAGAAAGCUCUCAGCAACGCAGACAUCGUCGUCGUGACGGCCGGCAUAGCACGCAAGCCCGGCAUGACAAGAGACGACCAACGCCAGGAUCAUCCGCGACAUCUUCCAGGCCAUCGCGACCACCCCAGCCCCAAUGCAAUCUCCUGCAUAGUGACCAAGCCCGUCAACUCCACCGUACACGUCCCAUUCGGAGGCGACGGGAUCGUCAAGAGUAAACAGGGUGCUGGUAGCGCCACGACAUGCAUGGCGUACGCUCGGUUUAGGUUUGUCAAGGCUGUUUUGGCGGGAUUGAAGGGUGAGAAUCCUGUCACCGAGGAAGCCUUUGUUUAUCUGCCGGGUAUUGAGGGAGAAAAGGAGACUGCGAAGGAGCUGGGCCUUGAUUUCUUUGUGGUGAGGACUGUCCUUGAGGAAGCAUGGCGCGGAGAAGGUUUUGCCGUUUGGGACGCUGGUGGGCUGGGAGAAAGAGACGCUGGAUGUGGCGGUUAA